UCACAGUCCUGUGUUUUGCAGGCUGGUUAAAGUAACGUUACCUGCAGCUACGUUAAAAUAAUCUAUAAUCUAUAAUCAGGAUGAUCCGCUCCGGACUGUUAGUUAUAAUUCUGUACUCAGCGCUCAUUAGUGGCACCGAGCUGACCUUUGAGUUGCCAGAUAACGAGAAACAAUGUUUUUACGAGGAUUUAGAAGAAGGAGUGAAGUUUGAAAUCGACUUUCAGGUAAUCGCUGGAGGGAACUACGAUGUUGACUGUUUUGUUACAGAUCCAUUGGGUAAUACUCUGUAUGAGGAACGGAAGAAGCAAUAUGACAGCUUUACCCAUACAACAGCUCUAAAGGGGGUUUACAAAGUCUGCUUCAGCAACGAGUUCUCCACCUUCUCUCAUAAAACUGUGUAUUUAGACUUCAGAGCUGGAGAGGAGACGCCGUUACUGCCGGAUAUGAACAGAGCAACGGCGCUUACACAGAUGGAAUCAGCCUGCUUGUCCAUCCAUGAAAUUCUGAAGGUAGUGUCAGACACACAGACAUGGUACCGCCUUCGAGAAGCUCAGGACCGCAUUAGGGCAGAGGACCUGAACGAUCGCGUGUCUUUCUGGUCUGGUGGAGAGACUCUUAUUCUGUUUCUGGUCAGCCUGGGACAGGUUCUCAUCCUCAAAAGCUUUUUCAGUGAGAAGAAAGCCAACGUGGCCACCAGCACAUAGAUCACCCACUGUUUCACAACAUUACAACCACUUGACCAUGUCUGUGACACUUUAAUAGGAGCUGGAUCAGUUCAUUCAUAACAUUUCCAGUGAUAAUAGCGAGAACACAUCUCCAUUUAGGUAUAAAGGAACAGUGAUACAAGGAUUUAUUUUUGAUGCAAUAAAAUAUUAUAAUAAGUGAUAUAUUUAAUGGGUACACAUGAAUCCUCUGAAAUUUAGCAAUAGUGUCAUCUAUUAAACUUUAUAACACUUUAGUCAAUAGUCAACAAUGUUAUUUAAAUAUUUGAGCUGAAUGGACCAUUGUUUACUGUUUUGUUUUCAUGUCCAUAUUUAAACACUGAAAAUUAUUUUUAAUGCUAUUAUUGGUCAAACUAAGAGUUACGUUGCUUUUAGUUUUUUUUUUUUGUUAUUUAAUUGUUGUUUUGUUCAUCUUUAGGUCAUGUUGCAAAAACAACUAGUAUUUUUUAUGGAUGAUGUUGAUAACCAACCAGCCACUUCAAUAAAACUGCCUUCCUGUUUCA